CGCCGUGAUGUAAGAGCUCCGAGAAGUAUAUAAGGGCGCAGUAGCAGGCAGCAAGCACAGGUCAGCCAUUCGAGUCGUACCGGCAACAUCAUCUCCAGCAACAUGAAGACUAUCGUACUACUGGCGUUGGUGGCUGUAGCGUCAGCACAGUUGGGCGCCACCAACCUGGGCGGUGCCGCUGGGGGUGUCCAGGGGGCACCAGGGGCAGCAGCACCAGGCGCUGUUCCUGCCGCCAAUCCCUACGGACCCAAAGUGUACGGCCCAGGCUUGAACAACCCCUUCGCCUUCCCUCACAACCCAUUCCUUGUGAGGCAGGCUGAGGCUGUGGCCAACACCAACCCCAACCUCUUCGUGCGUGUGGAGACUGAUGGCGGCUGGGAGUUCACCAACAGGUUCGGAGAGAAGGUCGACGUUUACAACGCCUUUGGACAGGAGCUCGACUAACCACAUCUGUUCCCGUCAACCCUCUCAUCGCGCGCCUGCCAGUGAUUUCAUUCUGUCUUUUCUCAAUCCAUGGCUAGUUCACUCACUGCGUGAUCCAACACGCUUCAGUUAAAUCACUGGUGUCUGUGAUCAAAAUAUGGAAAUUCUGAGCUACUGAAGCAUUCAUGUAAAUAUUUAUUUCUAUGCGGCUAGUAAGUCUCUAUCUAUCUAUCUAUCUAUCUAUCUAUCUAUCUCUAAACUUGUGAACUAGUCCCAUAAAGCCAUCUCUACACUCAAUUAAGCCUAGACUCGAUAGCCCGAUAAUCGUGUGAGCUGCUCCAAGCAUUUCUCUCCUGUUUUAAAUUGUUCACAGCUGUUCAUCUGUGUUCACAGCUGUCCAUCUGUGUUAACAGGUGUCCGUCUGUGUUCACAGGUGUCCGUCUAUCUUCACAGGUGUCCAUCUGUGUUCACAGCUGUCCAUCUAUGUUCACAGCUGUCCAUCUGUGUUCACAGCUGUCCAUCUAUGUUCACAGCUGUCCAUCUGUGUUCACAGCUGUUCAUCUGUGUUCAUAGCUGUCCAUCUGUGUUCACAGCUGUUCAUCUGUGUUCAUAGCUGUCCAUCUGUGUUCACAGCUGUUCAUCUGUGUUCACAGCUGUUCAUCUGUGUUCACAGCUGUUCAUCUGUGUUCACAGCUGUUCAUCUGUGUUCACAGCUGUUCAUCUGUGUUCACAGCUGUUCACCGGCGUUCACAGGUGUCCAUAAAUGUUCACACUUGUUCACAGGAGAGAGAGUUAAGAGCUGGCACACCACAUUUGGGAGUUUUGGUUGGCCUGUGAUAAAGCCAAGUCUAUAUGUCCCUCACACUGUGUAAAAACUCUACUAGUAAAAAGGUUAAGUUUAUUGAACGCAAAUAAAGAUAUAGACUAA